AUGAUAUCAGGACUGGUGACGAUCAGCCAGCAUCUGGCUGGGCAAUUGGCAGUCGAGAAGCUCAGCAACAGCAUCCUCCUCGCUGAGAAGAACACUAGUGUUAUAGGAGUUGCCGGUAACUUGCCUUGGUUGUUGUGUGGAGAUUUCAAUGCCAUGAUUACUGAUGAUGAGAAACUGGGUGAUACUACUACCAGAGUUUUGAGCAGACUAGAUAGAGCUUUAGUGAAUGAUCAAUGGAUUAACACUUAUAAUUCAAGUCAAGCAGAAUUCCUUUUACCUAGCUUCUCUGGUCAUUCUCCUGUACUUGUUACAAUUUUUGAGGAUCAAGUGCAUGGUAAAAAGCCUUUUAGGUUUUUUAAGAUGUGGAUCAAACAUACAAACUAUCUGCCUACAGUGUCUUCUAUCUGGAAUACUUCCAUUGAUGGCCACACCAUGUUUUCUAUUUGUUCAAAGCUGAAGCUCCUGAAAAUAGCUCUGAAGGACCAUAACAGAAGACACUUUAGUAACAUCAGUGAACAGGUUUUGAGAGCUAAAGUAGAUUUGGAAAAUGCUCAAAAGGCCUUAUCACUAGACCCUCUUAACGCUACUCUUAUAUGCCAAGAGAAAGAUUAUAUCUCUUCUUUCAAUAAGCUUUUGGAAUGUGAGCUAUCAUUCUACCAACAAAAAGCUAGAAUUAAUUGGAAUCUUCAAGGGGACAGGUGCACAAACUUCUUCCAUUCUAUUGUCAAGAACAACAGGCACAAAAAUAGAGUUAUGGUCCUGUAUAACAACAAUGGUGAGAUGAUUACUGAGGGUGAAAAGAUUGUCAAGGAGCUAGUUUCUUACUACAAGUCCUUGUUAGGAUCUUCAAUUUCUACUGAUCCUCCUGUUAUUGAUAUAAUAAAAAAUGGCCCAUGUCUUAAUGAUCUUCAAGCUAGGGAUUUAUCAAAGCCAGUUACAAAAGAUGAGAUCAGGAAUGCAAUCUUUUCCAUGCCUGAUGAUAAGGCACCAGGUCCUGAUGGUGAAGAAACCACACAAGCUAUAGAAGAUUUUUUCAAGUCUGGUAAGCUAUUGGGCAAUGUCAAUUCAACAACUAUUACUCUCAUCCCCAAGAUACAAUGCCCUACAACUCCUACUAAUUUUAGACCUAUUUCAUGCUAUAAUUGCAUCUAUAAGUUCAUCUCUAAGAUCCUAGCUAACAGAAUACAGUCUGUUAUGGGGUUUAUCAUCAGUGAAGCUCAAUGUGCUUUUGUAAAAGGAAGUAAGGGAGAUGUUAAUUCUGCCAUGAAAAUCUACCAGUGUGUCAAGAAUUUUGGUGCUAUCUCUGGGCUUGAAGCAAAUCUCACAAAGUGUUCCAUCUUUUAUGGUGGAGUUGAUGACAUAAUAAAGAAUAACAUUUUAGUCUUAUUGUCCCUUGUUCAAGAAAAUUUUAAAUCAAUUUCAGGGAUUUUCUUUGGGGGGAAAUCUGAUCAUAGGUUCAAAGCUCCGCUUGUAUCCUGGGAUAAAAUCUGCACAGGGAAGAUCCAAGGAGGCCUUGGAAUUUAUUCUGCCACUACUUGGAACUUGGCUACUGCUAUGAGAACUUUAUGGUUGCUUCUUGAUUGGUACUGUAACAGAUUAAGGGUGAGAGGCUUCAAAUUGAGAGUGAAAAGAAUGGCUCUUUCAGCAGUGGUCUACAACAUUUGGAAAGAGCGAAAUGAGAGGAUUUUCAACUUGAAGAACAGACCCCCUGAUCAGAUUGUAAGGGACAUUAAAAUUGACAUGUAUACAACCAUCCUCAACAAGCCACUUUUGCCAAAUGAAGACAGGGAUCGGUUUCUCUCCCUGUAG